GCUGGGGUCAGCGCCCUGGCCUCUGCGGAAUCCUAACCGCGUCUCUACGGUUUCGGAGAAAUCGGAUUCCGAAAUCCCGAAAUCUGGCCAGGUUCGGCCUUGCAGCUCCUAUUCUAAAGACUUGGGCGGAAACCGAGCCUAGCAGGGUUCCCCUAUUUGCCAACGUAGGCGGAAGGGGCUUUCUGUUUGGUUUUCCUACAAGAAGUCUGGCGCGCACUGGUUGGAGACCCUCAGUCCUAGGGACUCCCGUCUUUUUGACCUUGAUGCCUGGCGUAACCAUCCUCUUAAAGGGGGCGGAGGCAAGCAAAAAGCAAAAAUAAAUAAAUGACGCACUGGGCAAACAAAGGCCAGAAUUGGGCAAUUUGAAGUUAUAAAGUCUCAGAUUGGACCCGAAUUCCUGGGUUCUAGACUGACUCUGCUACUAACUUGUGCGACUUUCCCCAUUUAUAAAACUUUUGGGGGAAGGGCUGGACCGGGUGAACUCAGAGUCCUGGACCCGGCGCGGGCGAGGGAUUUAGAGGAAAGUGCGCCUAUUCCCCGCGAGCCUCCCGGGGCGGCCCCCCCUCCCCGGGUGAAUCCCCGGCGGCCCUGGCGGCGAAGGCGGCGAUCCUGGCGGCCGUCGGGGGCCGGCAGCUUCCUGGAAAGUUACUUCUCGUUGGAGCCAGCGAUAGGCAGAGAGUGUUCUGUGAAAUCCGUUGAGCUGAGAUCGACUACAUUCCGGGAAUGAGAGGGCUGUGCCAUUCCCCUCACUACCCCCUGCCUUGACAGCGUAACAGGAAAAAAAAAAAAAAAAAAAAAAGAGAGAGAGCACACACAAUGUUAGCUACCGAAGUGCACGAAACGUUUUAUUUGAAUGUAACCAAAUUAAGGGCUGACACGAUCUCACCACGGGGCCUCCGACGCGCCUGCGGGGGCUUCGCGGCAGAUGGGCAGCGGUGCCCGCAGAACGCCCGGGGGUGGGCGGUCCCUGGCGGGCAGAUUUUAAGCAAAAUUUUGGACUGUGAAUCAAGGCGUUGGGUGAAGACAAAAUGGCCUCCCCGGCUGACAGCUGUAUCCAGUUCACCCGCCACGCCAGUGACGUUCUCCUCAACCUUAAUCGCCUCCGGAGCCGUGACAUCUUGACUGAUGUUGUCAUCGUGGUGAGCCGUGAGCAGUUCAGAGCCCAUAAGACAGUCCUCAUGGCCUGCAGUGGCCUGUUUUAUAGCAUCUUCACGGACCAGCUCAAAUGUAACCUGAGUGUGAUCAACCUGGAUCCCGAGAUCAACCCUGAGGGGUUCUGCAUCCUCUUGGACUUCAUGUACACGUCCCGCCUCAACCUGCGGGAGGGUAACAUCAUGGCCGUGAUGGCCACGGCCAUGUACCUGCAGAUGGAGCAUGUUGUGGACACUUGCCGGAAGUUUAUCAAGGCCAGUGAAGCAGAGAUGGUGCCUGCGCUCAAGCCUCCCCGUGAAGAGUUUCUGAACAGCCGGAUGCUGAUGCCCCAAGACAUCAUGGCUUAUCGGGGCCGGGAGGUGGUGGAGAGUAACCUGCCGCUGAGGAACGCCCCUGGGUGCGAAAGCAGAGCCUUUGCCCCCAGCCUGUACAGCGGCCUGUCCACCCCGCCGGCCUCUUAUCCCGUCUACAGUCACCUCCCUGUCAGCAGCUUCCUCUUCUCUGAUGAAGAGCUGCGGGAUGCCCGGAUGCCGGUGGCCAAUCCCUUCCCUAAGGAGCGGGCCCACCCCUGCGAUAGUGUCAGGCCCAUCCCCGGUGACUACAGCCGGCCAGCCAUGGAGAUCUCUCCCGGUGUGUGCCACAGCAGCAUCUACUCACCCAAGGAGGCGGCCCCAGAGGAGACACGCAGUGACAUGCACUACGGUGUGGCCGAAGGCCCCAAGCCUGCCGCCCCCUCGGCCCGGAGUGCCCCAUACUUCCCCUGUGACAAGGCUGGCAAGGAGGAAGAGAGGCCCUCCUCAGAGGAUGAGAUCGCCCUGCAUUUCGAGCCCCCCAGUGCACCCCUGAACCGCAAGGGUCUGGUCAGUCCACAGAGCCCCCAGAAGUCCGACUGCCAGCCCAACUCGCCCACGGAGUCCUGCAGUAGCAAGAACGCCUGCAUCCUCCAGACCUCUGGCUCGCCUCCAGCCAAGAGCCCCACUGACCCCAAAGCCUGCAACUGGAAGAAAUACAAGUUCAUCGUGCUCAACAGCCUCAACCAGAAUGCCAAACCGGAGGGGCCUGAGCAGGCCGAGCUGGGCCGCCUCUCCCCUCGAGCCUAUACCGCCCCGCCGGCCUGCCAGCCGCCGAUGGAGCCCGAGAGCCUUGACCUCCAGUCCCCAACCAAGCUCAGCGCCGGCGGGGAGGACUCCACCAUCCCACAGGCCAGCCGGCUCAAUAACAUCGUCAACAGGUCCCUGACAGGCUCCCCCCGAAGCAGCAGCGAGAGCCACUCCCCCCUCUACUUGCACCCCCCCAAGUGCACGUCCUGCGGCUCUCAGUCCCCCCAGCAUGCAGAGAUGUGCCUCCAUACCGCCGGCCCCACGUUUCCCGAGGAGAUGGGAGAGACCCAGUCUGAGUACUCGGAUUCCAGCUGUGAGAACGGGGCCUUCUUUUGCAAUGAGUGUGACUGCCGCUUCUCUGAGGAGGCCUCACUCAAGAGACACACACUGCAGACCCACAGUGACAAACCCUACAAGUGUGACCGCUGCCAGGCCUCCUUCCGCUACAAGGGCAACCUCGCCAGCCACAAGACCGUCCAUACGGGUGAGAAACCCUAUCGUUGUAACAUUUGUGGAGCCCAGUUCAACCGGCCAGCCAACCUGAAAACCCAUACUCGAAUUCACUCUGGAGAGAAGCCCUACAAAUGCGAAACAUGUGGAGCCAGAUUUGUACAAGUGGCCCACCUCCGUGCCCACGUGCUCAUCCACACUGGAGAGAAGCCCUAUCCCUGUGAAAUCUGUGGCACCCGUUUCCGGCACCUUCAGACUCUGAAGAGCCACCUGCGAAUCCAUACAGGAGAGAAACCUUACCAUUGUGAGAAGUGCAACCUGCAUUUCCGUCACAAAAGCCAGCUGCGUCUUCACUUGCGCCAAAAGCACGGCGCCAUCACCAACACCAAGGUGCAGUACCGCGUGUCUGCCACCGACCUGCCCCCGGAGCUCCCCAAAGCCUGCUGAAGCAUGGAGUGUUGAUGCUUUCCAUUAGAGUCCCUUCUCAGAAUCUACCCAAAGGAUACUGUAACACUUUACGACUUUCAUCCCAUGACGUAGUGCCUCUUUCAUCCACUAGUGCAAAUCAUAGCUGGGGUGGGGGUGGGGGGAGGGGCGUGGGGUUGGGGGGCCAAGGCAGCUUCCCUUCCCCUACUGCCAUAAAACAUUAAGAAAAUAAUAUUGCUUCUUCUCCUAUGUGUAAGGCAAACCAUGUCAGCAAAAAGCAAAACCAUUUUAUAUAUCAAAGUGGGGGAGUAGGCAAAAGUUUUGACUUGACUUGGUCUGCAAAAUGAGGAAUGUAUAUGUUUUGCGGGGACAGAUGUUUCUUUUGUAUGUAAAUGUGCAUUCUUUUAAAAGAAGAGACUUCGGUAUGUUAUCAAAGAGAGGGCUUUAAUUUUUUUAACCAAAGGUGAAGGAAUAUAUGGCAGAGCUGUAAAUAUAUAAAUAUAUAUAUAUAUAAAAUAAAUAUAUAUAAACCUAAAAAAGAUAUAUUAAAAAUAUAAAACUGCGUUAAAGGCUCGAUUUUGUAUCUGCAGGCAGACACGGAUCUGAGAAUCUUUAUUGAGAAAGAGCACUUAAGAGAAUAUUUUAAGUAUUGCAUCUGUAUAAGUAAGAAAAUAUUUUGUCUAAAAUGCCUCAGUGUAUUUGUAUUUUUUUGCAAGUGAAGGUUUACAAUUUACAAAGUGUGUAUUAAAAAAAAACACAAAAAGAACAAAAAAAAAAAAAAGCUGCCGAAGGAAAAAUGUGUAGUUUUGUUCUAGUUUUCGGUUUGUAUAUACCUGUACAACGUGUCCUACGGUGCCUUUUUUCAUGGAAGUUUUCAGCGAUGGACGAGCGCGCCAUCCCUUCUGAAGUGUAGGCAGACACAGGGACUUGAAAUUGUCGCUCACUAAGCUCUCCUUGGGAAUGUUUGUCUCAUCACAUUCUGCGUCAUGCUUGUGUUAGAACUACUCCGGAGACAGGGUUUGGCUGUGUCUAAACUGCAUUACCGCGUUGUAAAAUAUAGCUGUACAAAUACAAGAAUAAAAUGUUGAAAAGUCAA